GUUAAUUUAGUUGUUAAUGAACAACCUGAUGGUGCAACUCUAUCACCUGAUUUAGCUAAUGCAGUUAUAACAGAUAUUCAUGGUAAUAUAAUUGGAACAAAACCAUCAAUAUACGAUAAGAUCAAUGGCUACACAACACAAGCUUAUGAUGAAUUGAGCGGAAAUGGUACAGCUAUUACGGGUAGCAAAGGAUUAUUUGGUAAGUUUGUCAAGAAAGUAUUAACAGUACAAAAAAAAUGUCGAUAA